AAAAGUGAAUUGUAUUUUCCAUUUCUAAUCCCUAUUCAUGUGAUCCUUCAGUCGGAUUCGCCGCUCGUCUUAUCGGCCUUUCGUUUCCUGAACGCCACCUCAAGUGAGGACUGUCUGUAUCUGAAUAUAUGGGCUCCUCUACAGGAGGACACGUUUCUACCGGUCAUCGUGUAUAUACACGGCGGCGCUUUCUCCUACGGAGGGGUCGCCACCGAGGAGUUGGACGCCCUGGCAAUGGCCGCACAACAGGAUGUGGUUGUGGUCACUAUUCAGUAUCGUUUGGGUAUUUUUGGUUUUAUGAGCUUUGAGUCAAAGGAACCGAAAGGAAAUAUGGGUUUAUACGACCAAAGAGAGGCUCUGAAGUGGAUUCACAGUAAUGUUAAUAAAUUUGGUGGCGAUCAGGACCUCAUCACAGUUGUCGGUCACGGGGCCGGCGCGGUGUCCGCAGGUCUUCAUAUGAUGACAUCCGACAGUAAAUUCUUCUUCCAGAGAACUAUUCUCCAGGGAUUCGGUCUUCUCUUCCAUAAAGAACUUUACUCUCAAACCACUAAAUACUCGAAAAAGUUUAUCGACGAAAUCGGUUGCGAAGAAGGCGUCGAAAUCAAGGAAUGUCUGAAACCAAUAAACGUCGACAGACUUCUCGAAGUACAACAGGAGAUACUCGAAGACAAUUCUGUGGCUUUCGGGCCACGAAUUCCCAGCGAUUUUGCCUCCACUUAUCCGUCGGAAGCGAAAGAUGCGUUUGAUUUCCAAAUAGAUUUCAUGUUUGGCGUCAAUUCAGAGGACGACUCGUUGUUUUUGGCGACUCUUAAGAACUCAGAGAAUGAGUCCGAAGGAGAGGAAGGAGGAGAUGACGAGACAUCUGAAGAGAAAGAAGAGGCAGAGAGUGAAGACAAAGACGAUUCUGACAGAGAGGGACGCGAAGAGAAGGGCGAUUCGCCACCAGUAGAGAGACCGACAAUGAGACCAUUGCUGACAGCGAUUACGUCCGGCAUCUUAAAGACAACGACAGCUGAACCAAAAACUACGACAACCUCUUCAUCAGAGACAACGACUCCGUCUGAAACAACAACAACACCAAAGGCAACGCCGACUACAGCGACAGAAUCGGCCGAUACUAUGACUACAACCAGUUCUACGACGACAACCACUACCACUACUACAACAACGACGACAACCACAACAACACCCGAACCGAUGACUUCUACCACUACUGAAGAGACCGAAAAAGAGGAGACAACGGAAAAAGAAGAGGAAUCCGACGAAACGGAAAAAGAGGAGAAAGAGGAAGAGUCGGAGACAGAGACUGAGGCCGAAGGAGGAGACGACGAAUCAAACGACGAAACGGAAGAGAAGAGACGGCGACGAAGGAAGAGACAGUCGGACGAGAAUACGACACGAAUGUUGUGUCCGCUCCUAAAGUUUGCCAAUACUAUGGUUGAGUCGAACCGAUCCGUAUAUAUCUACGAGUUAAUGGAGUUCUCCUCACAUCACGACGAGGUUGUCUUCGCAAUGGGUUAUCCACUCAAACACAAGAACCUCUACGACACCGACGAAAUCAAAUUCAGUCGAAGAGUGAUGAAAAAUUGGGCCCAAUUUGCCACAAAUGGGUGA